CUGUGUGACGCAUGCGCACAAACAGGCGAUUCACGCGGGUUCUCAGUGUCGGAAGAGUUCCGGUAAACAAGGUUCUGUUCCGGUUCUGCACAGGUUCUCGUCCGGUAAACAAGGUUCUGUUCCGGUUCUGCACAGGUUCUCGUCCGGUAAACACGGUUCUGUUCCGGUUCUGCACAGGUUCUCGUCCGGUAAACACGGGUCUGUUCCGGUUCUGCCCGGGUUGUCGUCCGGUAAACACGGGUCUGUUCCGGUUCUGCUCCGGGGAGUGACCGUCAGGCCCGGGACUGAAGCCCGGGUGUCGACCCUGAGCUGAGCCGAGGAGCUGCUUCGGCUCCGCGGUGUGUUACCUGUGUGUGCUAGAGAACAUUAACUGGAGGGAGAUGUCUCCAGUCUCAAAAGAGGAGGAAGGAGGGGGGGUGGGACGUCCACUGUCUCUGGACGACUGUCGCUGUCCCGUCUGUUUGGAGAUCAUCAUCGAACCUGUGACGCUGCCUUGUACACACACCUUCUGCAAGGUGUGUUUCCUGGAGACGGUGGAUAAGUCCACGCUGUGUUGUCCAAUGUGCAGGAAGAGAGUUUCAUCGUGGGCUCGUCUGAACAGCAGGAAGAACACGUUGGUAGAUCAGCAGCUAUGGAAUCAGAUCCAGAGCAGCUUCCCUCUGCAGUGUGAACGCCGCCUCAAGGGUCAGGAGGACGAGGACGACCCAGGAGUGUUGGUGUUUGCUCCCUCAGUCAGUCGUCCUGGUGAAGUCCGGCAGGAAUACGAGGAUCAGAUCAUGAAGCUGACGGAGGAAAAGCGAGUGAUGGAGGAGGAGGAGAGAAGGGCGAGCGAUGAGUUGAUCCAGAGGCUGUUGGCGGAGGAGGAGGUGGAGCUUCAGGAGGAGACCAGGAGACGAGAAGCAGAUGAGCAACUCGCCAGACUCCUCAAUAACCAGCUGAACUCUUCGCCGGUGACUCAGGGAAACAUCCCACCUGCUGCCGUGACUCCUCCCACUAACAGACCGAAGGAAGUUGGAUCCAUUGACAGGUUCUUCAGUCCUCUUUCAUCGAAAACCACCUCAGACUGCAGCUCCGCCUCCAACAGCCUCGACAACAAGAACGUGGUCGUCUCAACUAAGAGGACAAACUCUGACCUUGAGAUAACAGACGAGGAGGCGACGACCUCCAAACGAAGCUGCCCCUCCUCCUCCCCAUCUCCUGUGGGGGGGCUGGAGUCUGAGCUGCAGAGUCCACAGCGGCAACAGGAGGAGGGCGACCGACGAAUCGCUCAGCUCCUCCAGAAGGAACUCGACCACGAGGAGAAACUGAGAAACACAGACCGACGCAAAGGUUCUGCUGAUGCCUACCAGCUCCGUGACAAAGGAGGAAAGGUUGGUGUCACCACGCCUAACAGAUCGUCAAGGAAGAUGAAGAAGAUCUCCUCGUCCUCGUCCUCCUGCAGGGGACAGAAACAGACCACCCUGACUGACAUGUUCUCCAUGAGCAGCUGAAGCUCUCUCUCUCUCUCUCUCUCUCUCUCUCUCUCUCUCUCUCUCUCUCUCUCUCUCUCUCUCUCUCUCUCUCUCUCUCUCUCUCUCUCUCUCUCUGACUUUUUCUUAUUUUCAUUGCUUAUAAUAAAGAAAAACUAAAAUUAUUCAGUCACCUGAUUUUGUCACAUGUUUAAAAUGUGUUCAUCCAGAAGAUUUGUGUCUUCUGAUUGGAUGUCUAAUGACGUCUAAUGAUGUCACGUCAACGACACAUGACUCGACUUUGAUCUUCAGUCUGAAAACUUGACAAUUGAAUGUUUCCAGUUCCGACCGAUGAGACAUUUGAUCAAACAAUCCUAAAGAGUUAAACAGUUCGAUGAAUCAAAAUCAUGUGUAAACAUGUUUUCAGAGGAAGUUUCAUCAUGUUCAGGAUGGUGUGGUUCUUCUGUGGUCAUGUGAUCCAUGUUGACGUGUCAUCACGUCCUCGUGGAUCAGACGUGUCGUGUGUUUGAAUCCCUGACUCAGACUGAAUCAUGUCCCAUUUCUGAAAUUCAGGAAACAAGACUCCCACGAGUCGUCGCUGCUCUGGAUUCCUGUGACUCAAACUGAUCUAAAAUAAGAAGAGAACUGAAAAUAGAGAAAAAGAUGAAGUGACCUCUGACCUCUGUCACUGGUUUGCUCUGAUUAUACCUUGUACUGAGAAACUGUCGCCAUCUGAUCACAUCGUUUAAUGAAUCCAUAAUGAUCGUUAUUGGUCUAUAGUGACCAGAUGUGUGAGUGAACAUCUGGACCCCAAGGACAGAGGGGAGCUUCAGGAUGUUUCCUGUUUCCACACAGCUGUGGGUGUGUCUUUGUUUCUGUGUGAACGUUCUGAACGUUUGUUCCUCAGACUGAAGAGGAUCAGCGGCUCGGCACUGUGAGUCUUAUUUUAAUGUUUCUUAUCAGACUUUUUUAAGAAUUGCUGAAAUAAUGAAACUAUCAUUUGUAAUUUUUCUGUCAUUGACGCAUAAACCUUAUUUGUUUAUUUUGUCAACAGACAUUUCAGUGUAUCACUGAAAAUGUUAAACUAUUAAUACAAAUUUGAUUAUUAAUCUUA